UUGGCAUUACCUGCAGAAAGCACGAGAGCCAUAGCCGCGAACCACAUUUUAGCACAAUGCAAAUAUAAAUUAAUUAUUUCUAUUUACCGUCUUUAUUGACAGUAUUGUAAAAUACAUUAAACGCGCGCGGCUUAUAGUUCCAAAUGCAAGUAUUUAUGUUGGCGGCGGUAGUGUGCGGGAAUUUUGACGGCGUCACAAAAACGGCUGGGACAGCCGCUCUCGAGUUUCUCUGUGCCCUGGUUCUUUGGAAUAUCUGCAUCCUGCAUCUGCUUCGUGCUCGUACUGUCACACACUGUUUACGGAGCGUAUGCAGGAAAGGUGGUUUUCGCCCCAGAAAUUUUUGAACGUUCACGAAACACCAUACGUAACACCUUUAUCAGCUCGCUUGUGAGAGAUGUUCGAGCGUCAUCGUGGUGAGAGUGCGUAAGCGCGAUGCCUCGCACGACGCUCGCUGUCGUCGCCGUCGCACCGAAAGCGUUGCGGUGAUCCACUUCUGGGACAUGUGUCUCACGUCCUGUGGACGGCACCCUUGGUGAAGUGGUCGAUAUUCGCCGAUAACGGUUUUGCUUCACUCGCGUGCAACGUACUCCGAAACCAAGGAACCAUGGCCAGCCGGGAUCCGUCGGUCUCUUCCAAGAUCGCGGACGACCACAGCGUCGAGACAUUGGCAGAAGUUUUUCGGUGUUUUAUUUGUAUGGAAAAGCUGAGAGAUGCGCAUCUUUGUCCCCAUUGCAGCAAAUUGUGUUGUUACACUUGUAUCAGACGAUGGCUUACUGAACAACGUUCUCAGUGCCCUCACUGCCGAGCUUCUCUUCAUUUACAUGAACUAGUAAAUUGUCGCUGGGUUGAGGAAGUAACUCAGCAGCUUGAUACAUUGCAAGCUGUUUGUAUAUCUAACUUUCGACACGAUGACUCUACUAGAGACAGAUGUACAGCGCAUCAAGAGAAGUUAUCUGUGUACUGCUGGACCUGCCGCAAAUGUAUUUGUCAUCAAUGUGCUCUUUGGGGUGGCACCCACUCGGGCCAUACCUUUAAGCCUUUGGAAGAUGUUUAUGAGCAACAUGUUUCUGAAAUAAAGGCAGAAGUAGGCCAGUUAAAUAGACGACUCAUGGAAUUAAUCAGUCUUGUUCAAGAAGUGGAAAGAAACGUCGAAUCAGUAAGAGCAGCUAAGGACGAAAGAGUCAGAGAGAUCAGAAACGCAAUAGAAUUAAUGAUAGCGCGUCUGGAUUCUCAAUUGAAAGCCAAACUGUUGACCUUGAUGGGUCAGAAAAAUUCAUUGACUUUAGAGACGGAGCAAUUAGAGGCUUUGCUACAAGAUGUGGAAUAUCAAUUGCACACGUGUACACGCUCCGAAUUGAUUUCCAAAAGCGCUGAACUUUCACGUAAAAUAUAUCAAGUUCGUAAAAAACCAAUGACGAGUUUUGUUACUGCACCAGUACCUGCUGACUUUCACAGUGAAAUUGUGCCGGGUUACGACAGCGCAACAUUUGCCAUGCAAAACUUUACUCAGCUUCAACUGAAAGCCGAUCCAGUGUAUUCCGCGCCAUUGCACAUAAAUGGACUGUGCUGGCGAUUGAAAGUAUAUCCGGAUGGUAAUGGAGUCGUACGCGGAAAUUAUUUGUCAGUAUUUUUAGAGCUCAGCGCUGGAUUACCAGAGACUUCAAAGUAUGAGUACAGAGUUGAAAUGAUUCAUCAAGGUUCUCGUGAUACAAGUAAAAAUAUCGUUCGUGAAUUUGCGUCUGAUUUCGAGAUUGGCGAAUGUUGGGGAUAUAACAGAUUCUUUCGAUUAGACUUACUUGCAACGGAAGGUUACUUAAAUACCGAAUUGGAUACUCUUAUAUUAAGAUUCCAAGUACGACCACCAACGUUUUACCAACGUUGUAGAGAUCAGCAGUGGUACAUUAGUCAAUUAUUGACGGUCCAAAAUCAAUGCAUCACUCAAAUUAACGAAUUAAAAGAGAGACUAGCAAUAGAAAUUUCUCGUAAUGCCAUGACUGCUACUAGAGCUACUAGUGGAACUACGGUGUGCAGAGCAACUGUAAAUGUAUCGCCUUUACCUGCACAGCAACAACAACAGCAACAGCAGGAUGUAAGCGAUCCAAUGAUCAAUUCAAGCACUACACGAACAAUUGAUGCGUAUCCCACUACAAAUGGAACACCAGUGAGAUCCAUACCAAGUACGCUUCUUAAUGGCAAUUCAACAACAAGCGAUCAAUUGAUGCCGAUGUGUGAGCUGGGCGAGCUUACGGGUAUGCAUGUCCUCAGCUCUACAUCGACGUUGCCGUUGAAGACGCACCGUACCAACAGCAAUUUAAACGUAAUUGAGGACGAGAGUACUCCAUCGCCAUGUCGUGCUAACGAUAUAUCGCUCGGAGAAUGCCAAAACGCGGGACUUCACUUAGCUUCCUCGUCAUCGCCUUAUUCAUCACCCAACAUGCUCAGUCAACCACUGAAUCUUUUAUCUGGCAAUAGCGCUAGUGAUCCAUUAUUGUCUGUAUCGGCAUUAUCGUCGAUGACAAGCAAUCGAGACGCGCAUCGAGUCAACGGCUCGAACGUCGUGGAAAGCGAAAUCGCGCAACGUUGCGUCAAUAAUGCAUCGCCGGGAGAGUGUCAGGCUGCCAACACCGGUGUCCAUUCUUCAUCGUCAUUUUACAUGUCCCCGACAUUGCAUCUCUCAUCUAGUAGCAGCAGCAGCAGCAGCGAGAGUGGUGAAUUAAGCGAACACGACAUUUUUAUGGAUGAAUGCGAACGUAACGAACCCAACAUUACACUCUUGGAUUUGACGAAUGAUGAGAAUGACGUAGAUGACGAGACAAUGUCAGGGGAGAAUGACAUUGAAGUUGCGGAAUCUCUUGCAUCAUGGGUUCAAAACAAGCAGCGUACAAAGCAACAAAAUAAUAGGGAUACUGUUACGGAUGCGUGCAGAUUAAGAGAAGUAAUGCUACUGCACUUGUUCGAGAUGCAGGACAGAAAUUCGGCUUGGAACUCUUUAUGUCUUGGCCAACAAGCGGAUGGGAAUUGUGAUUCCAGGAAUUCACUCGAAUUCGCGAGUUUACGACGUUGCAGUUCCAGUCCGUUACAUUGCAGUGUUCCAGCGCAAUCCACCACGACUACGGUGUACUCACAUAAGCACCCUGAACUCGACACUGCCGUUUGUAAUGAUUUAAAUUUAAGUACCAACAACAAACCUAAUUGCGCCUUUCAUCAUACUCAGCCGCAAGCGCUUUGCGGCGCUAAGGCAAAAUUGAAUCGAUUAUCUAGCAUCUGUCAGUCGGAGUUGGCUGCGACAAUGGUUUCCAACAGUCAAAUAACCAGAUCCGAACCAGCGACACGUUCCAAUUCAAUAGACUGUGAAAAUGAUAUCCCGAGAGAGAAGCUGCCAGUAGUUAAUAAGAUCAACGAUGAGCUAGAGUCUAAAUUGCGUCUAGAUCUCAUGGUGCCAAAUGUACUCUUAGACAGUAAUAAAGUCAUGUCGAAGCAUUUACUAUCUCGGCGACAAUCGUCUCCUAGUUCGUCCACUAACAUGAAUUUAAUAAAUGAUAAUAGCAAGAUAUUCGAGUUUGACCAAUUAUUUGAAGCCAUUCAGUUGUCGCCUAACUCACAGAAAGAUGCAACUGCUUGUGGUACAAAAUCAAAGAAAAAUGCUUUGUCUGACGCAAAGAAUAACAUAUGCACUGCCAGUGGAAGUUCCGUUGCACUCUCAUUGGUGCAAAAGAGUACAUUAUCACCUACGAGUACUGCUAUAACAGCGGAUGUUAUUCCUAGUCCUAACAGUUACAGCUGGUCUCCAGCACUAUAUCAGCACACACAUGCACAGAAAGCUGUUUUAGAUAUAGCUUUACAAGGUUCUUUGAAUAAUAUUCCUAGUAAAACUAUUGAUAAGUCCACAGAGGAAGCAACCAGUUUGCCGUAAUAAUUUAUUAUAACUUAACUAUGAUGUAGCACCUGUUCUGUGAUUCCCUUUCACCGAGAUCUUAAUUAUAAUCGUUAAGUUGAGAGAGAAAAGAAUAAUUAUUCUGUUAAAUAGGAUUCUGGGAUGCGCAUGCAUUUAUAUUCUACAUUUGACUUUUCUCGUUUCUUGAAAAUCAACAUGAUAUCUUUCAGAUUCAUGUUAUAUGUCAUGUAGUACAAAAUAUAAUAAUGUAUAAUCACUCUAUUUUUAGCUGCUAUUUAUGACUACUGCGAAAUUAUUAUCUUUAAAGUUGCAUUCCAAGAAGUGUGUAGGCUAAAUGGUUUAUUUGAGUAUAUUAUUUAAUAUUAUUUAUUUCUCUCACGUAAAUUAGAAACGUCCAGAAAAAAUAAAGAUUAAUAAUAAAUUAUAA